AUGUAUCCUAAUCUUGGCGAGAAAUGGCGAGAGGAAAGCGAAAUGGAUAGCGACGAGGACGAAGCAGAUGACGAACAGGAUGGGGAAGAGGAGGAGGAAGAAGAUGAAGAGGAAGAGGUGGAUGAUAAGACGGCAGGGACAGGCAAGCCGGACGAGGCGGGUGAAAAGCGUGUCUACAACGUGCCCACUCCAGCCCCCGGCACGUGGAUCCCCGUAACCUUGGGAACGCCAGGAGGAAACUCUUUCCGCGUGACGCUAAUCGACGAUGCUUGUAACGAUGUGUCUCCGUGGCACGACGUGCCGCUGCAUUCUUCCAACGGAACCUUCAACGCCGUCUGCCUCACCCCCAAGGGCUGCCAGGACGACUACGAAGUCGCCGUCCGCGAACGCCUCGCGCCGCUGCGAAUGCGGUUACGCAAUAACAAACCCAUGAGGUUCGCCGACCCGAUCCCGUGGAACUUCGGCGUGUUCCCGCAAACCUGGGCCGACUCGUCCACGCGCUGCCCGGAAUUCGGGAACCUGCCCCUAGACGACAGUCCCGUGGAGUUAAUCGACAUAGGUAGCCAGGUCCGGCAGUUAGGCGAGGCCUACGCGGUCGAGCCGCUAGCGGCGUUCGUGCUGGUGGAUCCACGCGGGUUCCAGCUUUCGUGGAAGGUGGUGGGGAUCGCGACGGACGACCCGUCGGGGUUUCAGGACCUGAGCGACGAGAACGUGGCGGGGAUCGUGCAGACGCUGCUGGACUGCAUUUGCGAUUGGCUGCGCGCCGGCCGGCACUGCGGAGGUGAAAAGACCAAGGUGCUGACGCUAAGCCAGGGCAAGGCGGGGCAGGACAAGGUGAUGGAGAUAGUCGCUCAGGCGCACGCAGCGUGGCAGCUGCUGCGUAGCGGGGCAGCUGAUAACGAGGAUAUGGGCGACCUGCUGCUCUCCCCAAACCUGCUGCACCGGAAGCCCCAGUCCGGGCCGGCGGUUCGGAUCUUCGCCGAGUCGUACGCGACGGAUUCGGCGAAUAAGGACAAGGCGGUGAUCGACGAGCAGGAUAUUAAGACGCUCGUUGCGCCGGUCUUUGGGAGUAGUUUCAUGGUGGACUCGUGGGAUAGCCCGGAUGAAUUUGAGGGGGAGAAAGCGGGUGCAGCCGGGGAGGAUGGGGACGGGAAAGAGGAGGAUUCGGAUGACGAUUGGGGGAUAGGAGGGGGAGGGGGAGGGGGAGCGGGAGCAGGAGCGGGAGGGGGUGGGAGGGUUAGGGGGAGGAGGCACAGUGUCAGUGGCCUGGUCACGGGCGGGAAUAGUGAUGAUAGCGAUGAGGAGGAGGGGGAAGAGGGAGCGCGAACCAGGGACAGCGGCGCAGGCGCAGGCGCAGGCGCAGGCGCAGGCGCAGGCGGAGGCGGAGGCGGAGGCGGAGGCGGAGGGGGAGGCGGAGGAGGGGGAGGGGGAGGGUUCGGAUUCGGCAGUGUGCGGGGCGGGGGGUCAAAGAAACCGGGCGGCGGCGGGCAGGCAGGGUUGAAGAAGCUGGGCGGCAGCCAGACGGUCAGCCGGUUCCUGGGGCGGCUGCGGCGGCCGUCCCAGGCGUUUGGCAGCGAUGCCUUGGGAGGGUUAGACCUCUCGGCUAUUCAGCAGACUUACUUUGACAACUCUCAAAUCUCUCAGGUCUCUAAAAAUUCUCCGAAUUCUCGGGACUCGGAGGGGCCGGCGGCUAGAAAGCGGCCGUCCCAGGCGUUUGGGAGCGACGCGCUGGGGGGAAUGGACCUAUCUGGCUUGCAGCAGCAGCCGCUGCCGCAGCAGCAGCAGCAGCAGCAGGUGGAUUUCGCGGGAGAUUUAUCAGCAGGGGCGGCGGCAGGGCGGCGGGGAGGUGAUGGGGGGAUUGGCGAGGGGGGAAGUGGUGAGGGGGGGUAUGGUGAGCGGGGGAAUAGGGAGGAAUGGAGUGGAGAAGCGGGGAACGGGGAGGAUGAGGGGGAGGAAGGGGCGGCGCUGUCCCAGGGGGGUCUGAGGUCUAGGAGUUUCAACUCCGCGUAUGCGCCCUCCUUUGAUUCCGCCUAUCCGCCCUCCUUUUCCGCCCAGGACCAGCUAAACAUGCGCCUUGACGGGCUGGGGGAAGGGGGGUUGGCGCAAAGGGGGGCGCAGGGGGUGGCGCAGGGGGAGGCGCAGGGGGGGGCGCAGGGGGGCGCGAGCAUGGCGUUUGGCCGGACCCGCAGUGCAGGGUCCGCGGAAGGGGGAAGAGCAGGGGGAGUGGUGCCUAUAGGAGGGGCGGGGGAGGCGGGCGGGGCGGGCAGGGCGGAAGGGAAUUUAGCAGGCCAGUCGCCGUCCGCGUUAUCAUCCUCCCAGUCCCGUUAUAGGGCGUGGCGGAACCUCCUAGUAGACGUGCACCUGGGGGGGAGAUCCGCCAAGGGGGGCGGAAACGAGGGGGGAGGAUUCCUGGCGGAAGGGGCAGGGGCGGGUUCAGGCAUAGGGGCAGGCGCAGGGGCAGCAGGGGGAGCAGCGGCAGCAGGGGGAGCCUUCGGUCCUCCGUCCUCCUCCUCCUCCGCCUCUACCCCCUCCCCCCUCCCCUUCCCCCCGCUGCCCCCUUCCGCCCCCCUCUCCGCGUCCUAUAACGGCCGCCCCACUCCCCCCGCCUGUGGAGAAUCCCUAGAGGAGGUUCCGCGGAGCAGGUCAACGCCUCCAGGCGCCCCCCUUUCCGGCCCUGGGGGGCCGGGCGGGGCGGGCGGGGGGAGCGGAUGGGCGGUAAGGCGGAGCCUGCGCCAUAGCAGGAGCCACAGCUUCUCGGAAGCUUCCCAGGAUGGGGGGGGAGUGGGGGGAGGCGCGCGGAGGGAGGGGGGCGGGGGUGGGGGCGGCGCAGGGGGUGAGGGGGAGGGAGUGAGGAGGGCAGGAGGGAGCGUGCGUGGGGCGUUCGGGGAAGGCCUCAGGGGGAGUGGGGGAGGCUGCGGCGGAAGUGGGGGGUGGGGGGGAAGCGGUGGGUGGGGUGGGACUGCUGGGGGUAGCAGCGGGGGCGGGGGAGGGGGAUAUGGCGGAACAGGCUGGUUUUCCGCCGCUUAUGGGAGCAUUGGCGGAGAUAUUGGCAGCACCAGCGGAAGGAGCAGCAGCAGCAGCCUCAGCAGCAGAGAUGGGGGAAGAGAGGGAAGGGAAGGGCGCGAGGGGAGGGAGUGGAGGGAGGGGCGUGAGGGGAGGGAGGGGAGGGAGGGGAGGGACGGGAGGGAGGCGAGGGAGAGUAGGAGGUCACUCAGUAUGGUGCUAGAGCCGAUCCAAGGGACUCCCAACACAAGCCCUCUACCCGCGGACUCCCUUCCCCUCUCCGCCUUUGCUUCCGCCCUCCCCCCUCCGCCCCUUUCCGCCUUCGCCUCCCCCUCAGGGGCCACCACGCCGCCCUAUGCCAACCGCUCCCCCCGAUCCAGCCCUCUCUCUCGCUCCUCCCGCGCGCACUCCCACCUUCCCCCCAUUCCCCUGCCUUCCCCCGGGCUCUCCCCUUCCCCCGGGCUUCCCCCUGUCAUUCCGCCCACGCACAGCGGGAGCAGCGGGGGGAAGAGCCCCCUGAUGAGCCCCCGCGCGCUGCUCUGCGCCAGCAGCCCGGCCACCAGCAACAGCCCCCCUGGGUUUAGCCCUGGUGACGAGCUAAGCGCUGGCGGAAUGCUAAGCGCCGGUGGGAGCAGCGGUGCGCGUGGUGGGAGUGGUGGGAGCGGUGGGAGCGGUGGGAGCGGUGGGAGCAGUGGGAGCAGUGGGAGAAGCAGCAGAGCGGGAUCCGUGAGGGGAAGCAGCAGUGGCGGAGGGGGGCUGUUCGGGGGACUGAUAAGCGGGGGGAAGAGGCUGGGCGGGAGUGUGAGGGAGAGGACUCGGCACGCUAGGAGGCACUCUGUGGCGGCAGCGGCGGCAGGAAGGAGAGCGGAGGAGGAGGAGGAGGAGGAGGAGGAGGAGGAGGAGGAGGAGGAGGAGGAGGAGGAGGAGGAGGAGGAGGAGGAGGAGGAGGAGGAGGAGGAGGAGGAGGAGGAGGAGGAGGAGGAGGAGGAGGGUCGGUGGCAGGAAGCAGGAGCUGCAGGGGCAGCAGGAGCAGGAGGAGCAGGAGGUGCAGGAGGGGUGGGAGGAGGGGUGGGAGAAGGAGGGGUCGUAGGUGGCGUACGGGGGGGUACUGGUGGGAGCAGUGGGGGUCCUGGUCAGCCCACAGCAUCCCCGUCCGCUGCCCCUCCCCCGCUGCCGCCCUCCGGCUCUCUCUCCUUCUCCUCCUCCCGCUUCCUCCGCAAGAACAAGACGCCUCCGGCCCACCCCCACCACCACCGCCACCGCAGCACUACCAACGAGGAUUUCCGGUCCUUCCAUCACUCGUUGCAGUCACCCUCGUUACAGUCCCAGCCCCAGUCGCAGACCUCGUCUGCCGCCCAUUCUCCUGCCGCCCGGUCCCCUGCCGGCCAUUCCUCUGCCGCCCACUCUCCUGCUGCUCGCCCCAUGCCUGUACGAUCCUUAUCCGUCCAGUCAAUGUCAGUUGCUCGCUCCUUAUGCGCCCACUCCUCCACUGGCCCCUCCCCUGCUUCCAGCACUGGCUCUGCUGCAUGCAGAGACAGUUUCGAGGCGGAAAUGCCAGGUGGAGAGCGGUUGGAAGGGGUGCAGGUGGCUGAUCACCCCGUUCCUCACCCGCCCGUUUCCCCCCGCGUUGCCGACCCGAAUUGCACUGGCUCGGACGCGUCAGGUGCGGAGCCAGGCUCGCACGGAGGUUCGGGUGCUGGAUCAGGCUCGGGAGGUGGGGUGUGGCCGUGGUCCCGGCCGUCAGUGAAGCUUCGGCUCCCAACCAUGCGGACUGGGCGCAAGGGAAGGGAUGGGCGAGGGGAUGGGGUGGGAGAGGAGGGGGGAGCAAAGGCGGGAGAUGGCGGGGGAGAGGUUGGGGGAGAUAGUGGAAGCGGAUGGGGGAGAGAAGGGAUAGAAGGAUGGGGUGAAGGAGGGGAGAGACGGGGUUCUCUGGAUUCGUUUCAGGCAACUGCCGGUGCUGUGGCUGCUGCACGUGCUGUCGAAUCCCCGACCCGCAUUUUAUCUGCUGGGAUGAUGGCUGGCGCACUUCAUGCACCUCCCCCUCCCCUUGCCUCCUCCCCUUCCCGUCACCCCCCAAAACCCCCCUCCCCUUCCCUUACCCGCUCCCUAUCCCCACACCCGCCACGACCCCCCUCCCCCCUUCUCCCUCGCACGCCCUCUGCUCCUCUUACCCACACCCCCUCUCCUCCUCGUCCUAACCAGACCCCGUCACAUCCUCCCCGCACCCCCUCUCCUCCUCCUGCCCACGACUCUUCUCCCCCGCUUCCCCACAGUGUCUCUCCUCCCCCCCGCGAUGCCUCCCCGCCCCUCAACCCCCCCCAUCGCGCCCAAAGCGCCGCCCGAUCCUUCCUGUUACAGGAGCUCGGGGGUAGGCGCCCCCAAGGCUUCCUCCGAACCUCCAGUGUAGCCUCGGCACUGCCAGGCUUGGCGAGCCCAGGCCCGGGCCAAGGCUCGCCGGAGAGGGUCAGGGGAAGAGGCAGUGACAGGGGUGGUGACGACGAUGGUUCUGGUGGUAACCAGAUCAGUGGUAACCAGAUCAGUGGUAGCUCCCCUCCUCGCCCCCCGUCGUGUGAGAGAAAUCAACGGUCCAAAUCUCCUUUGAGCCGUCUUGAUAGGAGCAGCAGCAGGGGGAGGGAGAGAGCUGGGAGUGCAGAGGGAAGCAGCAAAGGGAGCGAGAGAGGUGGGGUUGCAGAGGGGAGCAGGGGGGAAGAGAGAGACGCGAAUCCCAAUCCUUUGAAUAAGGAACAGAUAGGGAGGGCGGGGCACGGAAGAGAGCAGGAGGCGUGUGGGGAAGAGGAGAGCAGGGGAGAGAAGACCGGGGCUGGGAGCGGGGCAGCAGAGGGCAGAGGAGAGAGCAGAGAAGAAAGCAGAGAAGAAAGCAGAGGAGAGAGUGGAGGAGAGAGUGGAGGAGAGAGUGAAUUAGAGGUCCCUGCUUCUCCCUCCCUCUCUGUUUCUCUCACGUUUUCCCGGAAGCUGCCUGUGGGUAGUUGCAGUGCUGCUGAUAAGGCUGGGAAGCGGGGUGAAGCAGCGGGUGUUGGUACGACCACAGUUGAUGCUGUUACAGUUGGAUUAGUGGGAGGGGAAGCAGAGGAAGUGGAAGGGAGUGGAGGAGUAGAAGAGGCAGUAGUGGCGGUGGGAGAAGGCGAGAUGGAUCAUCUUUUGUCGCGUUUCCACCGUCAGAACUUAAGGGAACCUGAGCAGCAGCAGCAGCUGGAAGCUUCCUUUUUGGCUUCUUCUCAUCCACCCUACAAUCCUAAUCAACAUCAGCAACAGCAGCCGCACCAGCGCCAGCCCCAGCACCAACACCAGCACCAUAGGCGAACCAUUUCUACACCUUCCAGCCCCAAAGGUCGCUCCAGCGGACAGACUGAGGAGGCUACUAAGGGGGAUAACAGGGAGUUUCCCUGGGUGCCUAAGGUGCAGAACAGAGUGUAUGAACUACCCCACGCAAGGAAGCUAGAACUCAAAACCGGGCUCCUCCGAACCUCCUCUGACGCGCCGAAGCUCAAUCCGCACCAGAGGAGCCCCCGGGGCAAGGACAGAGGAGGCUCGGGAGGAGGUUCGGGGUCCAGGUUCAUGCGCAGGUUCGGGAGUGACAAGGAGAGAGGGUCAGAUGGAAAGGAAUGGAUGGAAGGUGGGAGGGAGGAUGGGGUGGGUAAAUCAGAGGAUGGGAGUGAGGAGGAGGACGAGGAAGAGGGGAAGAACAGGGGCUGGAAGGAUAAGGAUGAGCGAGAGGAGGAGGGGGAGGAGGAGGAAGAGGAGGAGGAUUACGAGGCAGCAGCGAGGGAAUGGAAGGGUCGCAGCCGCGAGGGGAGAGACUGGUCGCCACAGUUGGGGCGUGAGGGAAGGGACUGGUCCCCUCCUGCACCUCGGCCGAGGAAAGAGCUUUCAGGCAGCAGUGUGGCACAGCGACGCGCUUCUCUCUUUGCCCUUCCUGGCUCUGCUGCUGCUGCUGCUGCUGCCUCUGCGGAUGGCACCCUGUCUUCUAAAGACCGGUCGGGCUCGUUCGGAAACCGCAGUGGCUCGUUCAAGGACCGGAGUGGGAGGAUGGAGGACGAUGAGGAAUCUAGAGACCUCGGUGGGUCGACCAGAGGCCGGAGCAGAUCAUCUCGAGAUCUCAUUGGCUCGUCUGCCGAGCCUGGUGGCCGGUUCGGGGAGCGGAGCGGCUCGUUUAAGGACCGGGAGCGGGAUCGCAGGGAUGGGGAUGGGAGGGAUGAGGGUAAGGAGGGUAGGAAUAUGGAAGAUCGGGAAAGCUGGCAGGGAGACAGGGGCAGGAAGCAGAGGGAGGGAGGAGGAGAAUGGGAGGUGGUGGAGGGAGGGGUUGGGAGGGAGGCGGGAAGUCGAAUUAGUGUAGACCUUCGGAAUAGACCAGGCUCACGGGAAGAAAGGAGGGAGAGUGGAGGGCAGGGUAGGCAGAGCGAGAGCAGUGUUACGCGCCGCGGGAGUGAAGGGAAGGAGUUGCAGGGGGUUGAGUGGGGUCGGACGGAGAUGGAGGAGGAAAAGAAGGUAGAAGCGGAGGAGGAUGAAGUGGAGGAAGGAGAGGAGGAAGAGGAAGAAGAGGAGGAAGAGGAAGAAGAGGAGGAAGAGGAAGAAGAGGAGGAGGAAGAUGAGGAAGAAGAGGAAGAAGAAGAGGGGGAGGAGGAAGAAGAAGAUGAAGAGGAAGAGGAAGACGAGGAGGAAGAUGAGGAGGAAGAUGAGGAGGAAGACGAUGAGGAUGAUGAUGAUGAGGAAGAGGAAGAUUAUACUGAGGGGGAAGAGGAGGACGAAGAGAGUGACAGUGAUGGUUCAAGAGUGGAGCGAGAGAGAGGCAGAGGGGCGCCUAAGAAGCCAGAGCCCAGGAAGUAUGUGUGGGAUAUAAUCACACCCGAUACAGCCUCCUUCACCACCACUCACUCUUCAUCCACCAACCAAUCACGUACGCAAGGAGGCAAAGGGGGCGAUCAGGGAGGCAGCAAGGAGAGGAGGGAGGAAGCAAGCAGGCAGUGGGGUAGAGGAGAGGAGGUGAGUGCUGGUGCUCGGCCUUGGCCCGGGUCCCAACAGGCUCAAGCUUCAGGGGCCCAUCAGGGCAGCGGCACGACUGGUGGCAGUAGCAGUCAUGGCUACAACCGCAGCAGCUACAACCAAGGACAGCAAGGUGGUAGAAGAUGGUAG